CCAGAGACGAAGAGGGGGGAGGAGGAGACGCAGCCAGGACCAGACCGAGACGCUCGGUGCUCUAGUCGCCGGUCGCUCGGCGGAACGCACGGACGCGCUGAUGGUGCAUUUCCAGCCGACAAUGAAACUAACUCGAGCCGAGUCUAAGAGCGUCUAACGGCGGCGCCGACACUCGCACGGCCCGCCGGGAGACUGACAGACACUCCGAUAAAGCCAUAGACGUCCAGAUUUCAGAGGAAGAGGUGGAGAAACCGGAGAGGGGAGGAGGAAAGAACCGAGACGAAGAGGGAGGACGGCCGGAGCGGAGAGGAAGGAGAGGAGAGGAGGCUGGAGUAGCGCAGAGGAAAGAGGAGAAUUUCCAGGGGGGGUUUUAGUCUUAUUUUCGGUCUCCUCUCCUUCCGACCUUCUCCACCCCCUGCUCCUGAUUUCGUCCUCUUUUGGAGCAUUUAUGUCUGCUUUCGGGAGGCGUUAGAUGUUGAACUUGAUGGGUGUUUCAAACGCCACCGCCCCCAAUGUCUCCUGUACUUGUAACUGUAAGCCCUACACCUCCAUCCAGAACAUGGAAAUCACCCAGCUGGAGUUCGUCCAGAUCUUGGUGAUCGUGGUGUUCAUGAUGGUCAUGGUGGUGGUCAUCACCUGUCUGCUUAACCACUACCGCCUAUCGGCACGCUCCCUGCUCUCCAGGCACUCCCCCGCCCGCAGGAGGCACCUGCCGCUGGCCAACGAGGGAAGUAUGUGGUCCUCUGAGAGCGCCGGGACCAGCAGUGGUCUGAAUGAGCACCAGGUGUAUAACUCCCGUCCUCCAGACAGAGGAGUCACGUCCUACCUGCAGCGAGACCCGCCGCACAGCCAGCCUCAGCCUCUCCUGCAAUCCCAGCGCUUCCAGCACACGUACGCCCCCAGUCGCUUCCAGCCGACGUACCCCUACCUGCCCCAGAGCCUCAUCGACCUGCCCCCCACCAUCUCCCUCUCGGACGGCGAGGAACCUCCUCCGUACCAGGGUCUGUGCACUCUGCAGCUCAGAGACCCCGAGCAGCAGAUGGAGCUGAACCGAGAGUCGGUUCGACCUCCGCCCAACCGAACAGUGUUUGACUCCCACGCCCUGGACCCGUCCAACUCCUGCCUGCAAGCCAGGCUGCAGGCCCCUCCCCCAAGUGUCCAUUCGGGUAUGAGCGUGAUGGAGGCCCAAGAGGCUUUGUCCCGGCAGCAGAAACAGAACUCUCAGGUCGAAGGAACUCCCCCGACCUACAGCGAGGCGAUCGGCCACUUUUACCACCCAGCGACCCUCACCUCCAACCAGAACCACCAGACUGUGUCGCCCUUGCCGGCAACUCCGUCCUCUCUCAUACACGGUCUGCUCCGACCUCUGCCCAAGCAGCAAGGAAGCGUGGAAAACAGGAACACAAGGAACACAAAGGAGAAAUCCCAGAAGGCACAGCAGGUGUGACCGGACUGCUUUUUGUCAUCAUUCCAGCGAAAGAAAACAAAAACCUCAUUUCCGUCAGCUCACCAUUUGGGGGAAUCACCGGUGGACAAUGAGGGACGAUGGCACGAACGGUAACAUCCGACGCGGGACGGCGAAGCGGCCGGUGCGCGGUCGCGGCUUGAAAGCUGAGAGGCGGCAUUGCACAUGUGCUUCUCGUCGGGUGAGAACGUCAGGAAACCACAUGGCUUUUGCAGAGCACAGUUACAGGAGAACAUCUGCGUCUCCUCGUUUACCCCUCCAUUUACGAUGAGCACUUCAGACGAACGUGGAAGAGAGGCACGAAGUGGGAAAAGAUGAAGGCGGAUACAAGCCUUCUUAAAUUCCUUGUCACUCCUGUAUCUGACGGACCUAGAGUCUUUGUUCUAAAUAUUUACCUGUUCUGUUUGUUUCUAUAGAACGUAUCAUUUCCAAUUACCCUGCAAAACACUUCAAUCGUCUUGGUUUUUGCAGGAUUUGUUUCGUUCCCUUGUGAUAAUCCUCUGUUGCUGCUUUGAGUCCUUAACGUUUUUUUUUUUUUUUUUUGCUUUUUCCAACUUCAAAGUUUGCAGCGGCUCCCGCACCGAGCGUUGGCUUUACCGAUGGGGCACGACAGCACAUUUCUACCAUAUGUCCAGUUUAGAUUUAGCUAGCGUAAGUGUAAACUAGCUCAGCAGGUGUAGCACAGUGCUAAACGUCCUAAAGCUAGACGCUCUGCCUUACAACGACCAACUCCGGCAGGAGUUCUUUACGGAUCCUCGUUUUCAACUUGAUGUCUUCUGAUGAGGGUUUGCACAAAGUUCAACGGUUCGCCGCAGAAGGAAAAAUCUGCGGCGUGAUUGCAAAGCGAGAAGGCUGAGAAAGUAGGGGUAUCUUUUUUUUAAAAACGAAAAAAAAAAAAAAAAAAAACUUGAUGCAUUCUUUUGUCGUUUUUGUUGUCGUCUAGUUUUAGAAGAAGCGACGUGGGAAACACGUCAGGGUGCCAACAUUCACCUUGAACAUUUUGAAACGUACAUGUUGACAUGUAUAUUCGUUACAUAUGGAGUAUAUAUACGCGCAUGUAUGCAAAACGAGAGUGGAAAAGCACGAAUUUAAAGUUAUUUAUAUAAUUGCUGAAAAGAAUUGCACUAUUUUUUUAGGUAUGCGCAGAUGGAACAUUUGAGAUGGACUCUUAUUGUGAAGGGGCUCUGUCUGUUGGGGUGUAAAAGGAGAACAGAAGUGACUUACCAGAGUGCGUGAGCAGCUACGGUGCACGGCAGCUACUAUCAGUCGACGGGAAGAUCCUGACUUUGGUCCAAAGGACUCAGACAAUCCAUUUCUGUACCACAGAUUAAAGAAAAGAAAUCCCCAGUUUAUGCAAACGUCUGAGUCCGGCGAGCCAACCACAAGUCAGUUGCCCACCUGUGGGUCCAAUCAGAAACCCCGUAACUCUUUUCUUAUCUCUCUGUCUCUCUCUUUCUCAUCCCUGUUUGGACCGAAUCAUUAGCAAUCCCAAAGCUGGCUGCUACUACCUCGACCAAACAAAGCGAAGCACAUGAGUUUCCCCAAGUUAAUCAGACCGUAGCGUUUAACAAGCGUCUGAGCUAAUCAAGACGAUGUGUAGCGGUAGAAAAGAGUAGGGUAGUGUGUUGUAGACAUUAGUUUUUUUUUUUUUUUUAAUCCUGCUUGGGUAAUUUAUUUGAAUGUCAGAGUUUUAUGUUCAUUAGGUGAGAAGAGAGAGGCGCCUAAUGUCCUCAUCGUGGAACAUUACUCAGGAAGAAAGGCCUUUAGCCCAACAGGUCCCGAAACGUCUGAUAUGCUGACCGUGCACAGUGGUGGCCUCUUAUGCACGCAUUGACACCAACUUUUCCUUUUAACCACCUGUCAACAUACAUUCUGUUCACUCUGGUAAGUCUGCGAUUUUUGCGGGCAUCUCUGAGCACUUUAUUGCACCAGGAACGAGCGAACAAAUCAUGAGUCGGCCAGCCUCAGCCUCAGCUCACUGACCCAGCCUAAAAACUGAAAAGCAACCACAAAAACCUUGUCGUCCAAUGAUGAGACUGGGUUUGAAACGAUGUGACGUGUUGUGCAUAAAACUUGGUUUUAAUUAUUUCUGUCUGCAAACACAACUUAACAGUUUCACAUCAUUAUUAAAUCAGUCAGUGUCACAUGUGCUGUUGUUAAACGAAGCUCUGUUAUUUAGCAGAACUGACCAUGAAUGUAAACCGAUAUUUGUUGGAUAUAGUUGGCAGUUUUAAUUUACAUUAUCAGUGUCUUAAUGAAUCGAUUCUGUCGAAGGUUUUGAGCAAAACCCUUGAUUUUUUUUUUGUUUUAAAGCAAGAUGGGUUGUUGAAACUAGACACACUUAAGUGUUAACAAGGGACACAAGUGUUAAUAGCAACUCAUCUUGUGUCAUGUCUUUACAAGUGUAGGGAUAAAAACCCAUUACCAGUCCGUAAAGAUGCCAGAAGUUAAGCCGGGUGAAGAAAACGGCCUGUGUCAUCCAGUCUUUAUGCAAUUCAUCGGCCUCUGCAGGAACUGAACCAAACUGAUGCAACAGUUCAGAUGAGCUUCUGGUAAAAGAUCAGUUAACGUUUUAUCUACAGGAGAUUUGACUGAUUAGAUUAAAACGUGCAGCUGGUCUGGGAGCAUCAGGACCAAAGCAGAUUUAUCCUAUCUUAAAAUAAUUAGAAUCUUUUUUUUAUUAUUAUUAUAAGCGGUUCAUUUAAGCUCUGUUUUAUGACAGCUACUAUCAAGAGCACAUUACACUUUUGUUCUAAAUGUCAAAAGUUAGUGAUAUUAGUAACCAGAAAAGGACAAAAUGGCCCACUGAUGAUGUUAAAUCCAGUAACUACAUGCUACGUUGGUCAUUAGCGUAAAAUACAACAACAAGGAAAUCGGCCUUUCCACGAACCGCUUUGAAAACAUUGAAGAUUUGGUUUUUUUUAAAUAGAGGAAAUCCACUUUGUUCACUGCCCUGCUCAGACUAGCCAAAACUGAUCUGUAGUCAUACAGAAGGGGAAAUGCCAGGAGAGUUAUUUAACUGCUCGCAACCUUUCAACAGAUGUUACUUAGAAAUGGAUAUUCAGAGACCUCCUUUUAAGUCUGCUACAGUUUAUCAUCUUAAAGGCCAAAACUUUGAUGCAGUUUGUUUUUGCUUUUCUUCUUUUGUAAAUCACAGGUGUUAAAAGAUAAUUUAUUUAAAAAAAAAAAACAAGCCCGUUCUCAACUAAAAGAGUUGUGAUUUUCCUGGUUUUGAGGGUGUUUUCUAAAUAUAGAGACUCUCCUUGCAGUUCUUGCAUUAUUAAGUCUGCAGGCCAGAAAUACCGACUUCCAGCUGCUUUGUUAAUCUCAACAAAGCAUUUGGAGACAGGACAUCCUGAUCAGAAACAAGCCGCCACCUGUUCUUGUUUUGAACAGCGGAAGAAAUCACAAAUCUCCAUCUCACUUGUGCGAUGCUUAAACUUUAACCAACCGGAGGGAGUUUUUAAAAGUGCAAACCAAAGUCUGAUUUGUGUUACAGUUGUCGUUACAUAAGCAAGGAUGCAUGCUAAAGUCAAGCACUUAAAGAAGGAAAAGAAUAAUUUAUCAAUGCUAGAUUUUGAUUUCAAACAGUUUCCUGCAUAAGGAGGUUUGCAACGGGUAUGUAAAGACUGGACAGGCUACGAUCAGGAUGAUGCGAGGGAAAAAAACAACUACUACUAAUAGUAAUAGUGCUAAUAACAGUGGUAAUAACAUUUAUAAAUAUGUACAACACGACGCAUUACAAGCUAGAGGGGUCCGCUUUAGGAAAAAAUCUGGGCUGGCUGACAAAACCAAGAGAGAAAGGAGGAGGAAGAAGAAAACUCAUGUGGGGGAACUCAAACAUGUAUCAAACACUUAGAUGCAGGCAGAAUGCUUUUAUAUGCACUCCAAACACUUGUUUUUCUCUUCUUCUUUUUUCUUUUUUUUUCAAAUGCUUUAAGUCAGUGUGAGAUUUCCUGCUGAAAAGUGGGCGCUGUGCGGUAAAGGCGCAGCGCCGUGGCCUGGGAAAGACCUCCAGCUGUCUAGACAAAAACCAAACACACGUAACCGCGCACACGCAGCAGUCUAAACAAACGACUUUAAGAGCCAGACACACUUUCAUUCAUCUAGUAACCCCCACCUCCCCUUCUCACCGUGGACCACACAAGGUACAGCAAAAACAUUUAUCUCACACACACCUGGUCUGCCUCCAGAGUGGCCUCCCUCCUCCUCCUCCUCCUCCUCCUCCUCCUCCUCCUCUCUCAAUGAGCUCUUCCUGUUCCCAUGAGAUGCCUGCUGUCCAAUGACAGAGCUCCUUUCCAAGAAGGCCGUCUCUGCCAUUGGCCGACUGAGUUCGGGCCUCUGUGGAAAUGUUCAGUGUUUGUUAUUGUUGCUAUGUCGUACGUAAGUGUGCCUGCCUGUGCUGAGACGGGCUAAAUGUGAGCGGCCUGUGUGGGCUGUCAAUCAUCCCUGGCCCCUGUCUCAGACUAUGAUGAUGAUGAUGAUGAUGAUGUUUGGAUAAUGGCGAUGAGAUUGAUGAAGAUUGAUGGUUUUCGAUAGUGAUGCCACAGAAGAGCGUUGCAAUACAACUACUUUUUUUUUUUUGCCUUUUUUUGAUAUUAGGUAUAUUUUAACGUAGUGUGCUAAAUGUAAGAUCUUGUUUUUUUUUAAGUAUUGUUAUUACUGUUGUUUACCACUUUAGAAAGAGAGAUUUCACUUUAUUUCGCUGUUCACACGGGGUAAAAAAAAAAAAACGGUCUUGCUUUUGUAAACUUUGAGAGUGUAAAACUACCUACAGCUAAAACACACAAAAGCUGCAGAUCAGCGAGGCAAGGCGAGGAGAUCCUGAGCGUGUGCUUCUGUGUUUAAGUGCCCUUUUCAGUUGAAGGUAUUGUUGUUAGUUUGCCUGUCCUGGAACAGCAAAUAUGUGCAUUUGUAUGUUUAUUCUUCGAGUUUCAUGAGUCAUUCCCUUUGCUUUCUUUUGACUUAUGCAGUAUCGAGACUGUUCCUUCUCCUCAUCUCCAGACUCUACAUGUGUGCCUUCUGGUGUCCAGCGUGAAAAGAGACAUGCGUUACCGAUGCCUUUUUGACAUAUAAGCGAACGCGGCCUGGGACAUUGAAUAACCGCGGCUGCGUUGUAAGGAAGUCCUUCAGGAAAAAGGGAGGCAACGUGUUAAAAUGUUGUAAGAAAACACUAUUUUCAUAAUAUAGAGCAGCAAAAAUCAGAAGCUGGUGUUCUGAAUUAUUUAAGCUCUGAUAAUUUAGGACAUUAACCCAGAAACGAGCGGUUCUGGAAGCACUUAUGUGUCAUUAACACAAGUUUCUCCAUUUUUUUGUGUGUUUCCUCUCACGCUGCAUUGUUGUGUGCUUCUCUGCUCCUUGAAUCAGCGCUGCGCUGGCGCCUCUUCCUCUGACAAUGUUGUAGAAAACAAAAAGUGUGAUAACACUCUCUCUUUUUUUUUGUUUUUGUUGCGGUAUGUGAUGUGUUAAUAUUUAAAUAAACCUCUGUAUCUUGACUGCUUCGCAAUGCCUGCGACUGUUGUAGAAGUCUUCCAUCUGUUGUGGAGUUUAAUCCCGACGGCUCGUUAACGGGGGGAGAAGUACAGCGGAUGAGUUUGGUCGGCAUUCCUGCACACAGCUGGUCCACGCAUGUGGAAAAGUAAAAUGAAACGGAUAAGGAUGAUUAUCACGGUCACCUUUUCAGCAUCAUCAAAGCCUUCCAGGACAGGACAAGUUGUGAAGUCUUGUGUAGGAACCAUGAACUGUCUUUCCAGAAAAGGUUUCGGAGGUUAAACUCCAGACAGUUAUCACUCGCCGCACGGGUCACACACUUAUAUAGAGAUGUAUUUUAUGCUCAGUAAUUACUUCUUAUUUCUGUAUUAAGACAGCUCCUUUUAAUUUAUGUUCACAUUGCCGGGUUUAUGUUGUAAUCUCCACAAUACUUCAUUGUUGUUGUUACGGAACGUCUUAUGAAUCGGACACAUUUCAGUUAGCUCACGAAUUAACAAAAGUAUGAAUAAAAAAAAAAAAACUUUUAUAAAUACA